UGUGCGCGCGGAGUCCGCGAACCUGGAGAAGGAAGCAGAGGGAAAAGGGGUGGGGUUGAACCCUGGUUUCGCGCUUGCGCGCGCUGCACAAACCAUUUGGCGGGUUUUUGCGGGCUGCUGUGUUCUGUUUCGGCUUUUAAGCUGCUCAGCGGUAGCUUUUAGGGUUAUAGGAAGUAGGACGCUCUCCCCAAGAGAGCGACUUCUCGAGACGUCUGUUCCCUUCCAUCGGGCGUUUGGGGGCUUCCCCCACAUUUUUUUUAAAAAGCGUUUUCGUGACUGACGGCUGGGGCCUUCUGACUUCCUGAGGUCUUGGGCUAUUUGGUCACCUUCCGUCUUGGUCCCCCACAGAGCGAAAGGAUCACAGGGACCUCUUCCUGCUCGUCGAUCCCCACGCCCGUGGGUUCCUUGGACCAAGGUCGGAGCUGGGUCGACCCUCCCCACUCCCCUGAGCCACCAUGUCCGUGACCACACAGCAGCUGGUGGAGGAGUUGCAGAUCUUCGGCCUUGAGUGUGAGGAGGCUCAGACUGAGAAAUUGGCAGAGCUGUGCGUUCUGUAUGGACAGAACAAGGAAGGGAUGGUGGACGAGCUCGUUGCCUUUUGCACCAGCACACAGAAAGAUUGUGUCACGGCAGAGACCUUGAACUCUUUUGAGCAUGAGUUUCUGAGCAAAAGAUUUUCCAGAGCCCGUCAUCAAGCCUCCAAGAACAGUAGGCACGCGGGAGCUAGAGACAUUGUUUCCAUACAAGAGCUGAUUGAAGUGGAGGAGGAAGAGGAGACCCUUUUGAAUUCCUAUUCCACACCCUCCAAGGGUUCUCAGAAGCGAGAUAUCACCACCCCAGAAACCCCCCUAACAAGAAGGAAGGUGUCUACUCGCAGCCCCCAUCAGCUCCUCUCGCCAUCGAGUUUCUCUCCAAGCGCUACUCCCUCUCAGAAAUACAACUUGAGAAAUAACCGAGGAGAAGUGGUCACCUCUUUUGGCUCAGCCCAGGGAGUGUCUUGGUCCGGGAGAGGAGGAGCCGGCAUCAUCAGCCUGAAGGUCUUGGGGUAUUCAGAAUCCCUGACCGGGACCUACAAAUCAAUGUUUCAGAAGCUCCCAGACAUUCGAGAAGUUCUGACCUGUAAGAUAGAAGAACUUGGCAGUGAACUCAAGGAACAUUACAAGAUUGAAGCUUUUACUCCUGUUCUAGUUCCAGCACAAGAGUCCGUCACUCUGCUCGGCCAGAUUGGCUGUGAUAGCAAUGGGAAGCUGAACAACAAGUCAGUCAUUCUGGAGGGGGACCGGGAACAUUCCUCCGGCGCUCAAGUUCCGGUGGAUUUAUCAGAGCUCAAAGAAUACUCUCUGUUUCCCGGACAGGUUGUGGUCAUGGAAGGAAUCAACACUACUGGUAGAAAACUUGUUGCCACUAAACUCUAUGAGGGUGUGCCACUCCCGUUUUAUCAGCCCACCGAAGAGGAUGGAGAUUUUGAACAAAACAUGGUCCUGGUGGCCUGUGGCCCGUAUACCACAUCUGACAGCAUCACGUAUGACCCCCUGCUCGACCUGAUCUGGGUCAUCAACCGCGACCGGCCGGACGUCUGCAUCCUGUUUGGCCCUUUCCUGGACACUAAGCACGAUCAGGUUGAGAACUGUCUCCUGACGAGUCCAUUUGAAGAUGUUUUCAAGCAAUGUCUACGAACGAUUAUUGAAGGGACACGAAGUAGCUCCGGCUCUCACCUCGUCUUUGUUCCGUCGUUGAGAGAUGUGCACCAUGAGCCCGUGUACCCACAGCCACCUUUCAGCUACUCCGAUCUGCCUCCCGAGGACAGAAAGCGCGUGCUCUUCGUGUCAGAUCCCUGCAGCCUCUCCAUAAAUGGCGUGGUCUUUGGCUUGACGUCCACGGAUCUGCUGUUCCACAUUGGGGCUGAGGAGGUCAGCAGUUCUUCCCGAACUUCAGACAGAUUCAGCCGGAUACUCAAGCACAUCCUGACCCAGAGGAGCUAUUACCCGCUCUACCCUCCCCAGGAAGACAUGGCCAUUGACUAUGAGCACUUCUAUGCCUACGCCCAGCUGCCCGCCACCCCAGAUGUCUUCAUCAUCCCGUCAGAGCUGAGGUACUUUGUAAAGGACGUCCUCGGCUGUGUCUGUGUGAAUCCCGGACGCCUCACUAAAGGGCAGGUGGGAGGUACCUAUGGCCGACUCUACCUCAGGAGACAGACCACAGAGGACAGCGAGGGGAGGCGGAGUCCCUGUGUCGCCGUCCAGGUGGUCAGGAUCUGAGGCCUCAGGUGCUUUAUCGUCCUCCACCGUUCGGGUCCUCCCAGCCGCUAAGAGCCCAGGAGCAGCCCUCAGACAAGAUCCCGACUGUUGGAAAGUAGAGGAGAGGAGGCGGCCAGCUGGGGAGGAGAGGCUGCAGGCAGUGGGCCCCCCUGGGGAGACCGCGGGCAGCUGGCCGCUGACUCUGUGAGCUUCUUUGGAAGAACAGUUUUGUUUCUGACCCGCGGAGUCCAGAGUGAACGGGCUGUGGAUGCAGCCUGCUUAGAAAAGGCAGAAGGCUUUGUGGCUUUCCACAUGAAUCAGACACAAACAUCUUUUGGAAAAAUAAAAGUAAAUUCUGAGUGUAA